GAAAGGAGCACUGCUUUUUAACAGCCAUCUCAGGUUUCACUGGGGAACAUGCCCAUCGAGCUUUACCCACUCUUAUGCCAGAAGUGGAAUUUCCUGACCGGUUCUUCACAGUUCUAACCAUGGACCAUGAAUUGGUGACAUUCAGAGAUGUUGUCAUCAACUUCUCUCAGGAAGAGUGGGAAUACCUGGAUUCUGCUCAGAGGGAUUUAUAUUGGGAUGUGAUGAUGGAGAACUAUAGCAACUUGGUCUCACUGGAUUUGGAGUCUAGGUGUGAGACAGAGAUUUUAUCUGUAAGAAAGGAUGUUUUGGAAAACAGUGGUUCUCAGUUGGAAGUAACAGAAAAUAGCAAUCUCAUUGACUUCAAAAGCUCCAUUUUCAGAAAUGACUGGCAAAGCAAAAAGAAGAUUGAAGUAAAAGGACCUGGAUGGAGAUGUUUCAGUAAGAUGAAAAUCAUCUCUGACAAACAGCCCAAAUAUAAGAAUUAUAAAUAUCUUACAUUACCUCAGAGAAUGCAUGGUGGUGCAAAGCCCUAUGAAUAUAAGGAAUGUGGGAAAGUGUUCAGUUGUGACUCAAACUUUGAUCACUAUCAGAGAAAUACUGAUGAGAAAACCUAUGAAUAUCAUGGAUGCUGGAAAAACUCUGGGAUGGAUAAUUCACAUAUACUUCAAUUGAAUAUUCAUACUGGAGUGAAGCCUUGUAAAUAUAUGGAACAUGGGAAUAAACUUAGUUUCUAUGAAGAUCUUAGUCUUUACCAAAAAAUUUAUAGCAUUGGGAAGUUCUAUAAGUGUAAGGAAUAUGGGAGGAUCUUUAGAAGUGUUGGAGAAAUUACUCCCAUUCAAAGAAUUCAUGAUGGUGAGAAGCCCUAUGAAUGUACAUUCUGUGGGAAAUCCUUUAGGGUGCAUGCACAACUUACUCGACAUCAGAAAAUUCAUACUGAUGAGAAACCUUACAAAUGUAUGGAAUGUGGCAAGGACUUUAGAUUUCAUUCACAGCUUACUGAACAUCAGAGAAUUCAUACUGGUGAGAAACUAUACAAAUGUAUCCACUGUGAGAUGGUUUUUAGAAUUAGUUCACAACUCGUUGAACAUCAGAGAAUUCACACUGGUGAGAAACCUUAUGCAUGCAAGGAAUGUGGGAAGGCUUUUGGAGUCUGUAGAGAACUUGCUCGACAUCAGAGAAUUCAUACAGGUAAGAAACCCUAUGAAUGUAAGUCAUGUGGAAAGGUCUUCAGAAAUAGUUCAUCCCUGACUAGGCAUCAGAGAAUCCAUACUGGUGAGAAACCCUAUAAAUGUAAAGAAUGUGAGAAAGCUUUUGGAGUAGGCAGUGAACUUACCCGACAUGAGCGAAUUCACAGUGGUCAGAAACCUUAUGAAUGUAAGAUCUGUGGGAAGGCCUUUAGACAUAGUUCAGCCCUUACUGAACAUCAGAGAAUUCAUACUGGAGAGAAACCUUAUGAAUGCAAGGCAUGUGGGAAGGCCUUUAGACAUAGUUCAUCUUUUACAAAACAUCAGAAAAUUCAUGGUGCUGAGAAACCCUAUGAAUGUAAGGAAUGCAGGAAUGCCUUUAGUGUGGGUGAGAAUAUUACUUCUGCCAUGGAUGGAUUUUGGAAGAACAUGGCAAAUCGAGUGUGCUUCGAGUGUGGCUGGAGUGGAGUAAAUAUGGCAAGUGUUCCUCUCCAGGAUCUGAAUGUAGCAAUGGAUAACUAUAGUAAAAACUGGAAAGGCGCCAUCAAUCGUGCGCGCGGGCGCACACAGUCGCUUUCCAGUUAUCGCACAUCUACAGUUCCGAGCCGCGCCGCGAAAGAAUUGAGGGCGCCAGGCUCGAGCCGGCCAGGGAGUUGCUACAUCACCGAACUGCGCCUGGAACACCCAAGGAGCCCCUUCUUAACGUCGGGCCACCCUGUCCGAGCUGCGCUUAUUGUUGGGACACCACUGCCCUCUCCCGGAGACGACCCGCCAAAAUCGGUUGGUCCUGGCGGGUUCAGAGCCCGGCGUGGCAGAGCCCAGCGGCCCUCUGGGAACGCUAACCCGCCUCAGGAGUGCGCAGGCGCAGAACUUCUGGCUCGCCAUCGUCUUUGUCUGCUGCUUUCAUCCUUACUGCAUUUCAGUAGCUACAAGGAAAAAGGGAAACCUAGGAGAAUUGUCCUGUGCAUGACAGGAAUGUUGGAAAGUCUUCAGCCUGAUUCAGAUCUACUUCAGCAUGAUGAAAUUCAUACUGAUCAGAAACCUUAUGAGUGUAAAAAAACCUUUAGCCUGAAAGAAAACUUGAUAGAGCAAAGGAGCAUGCAUACUGGAGAAAAAUCACAUGAAUGUACUGAAUGUGGUAAAGUGUUCUCUCGGGUCUCAUCACUUACUCUACAUUUGAAAAGUCAUACGGGAAAGAAAUCCUAUAAGUGUAAUAAGUGUGGAAAAGCCUUUGGCCAAAAGAGAAACUUCCUUUCUCAUCAGAAACAUCAUACUGGAGAGAAAUCUUAUGAAAGUGGGAAAACUUCUGUUAAGAUGCCAAUCCUCAUUAAACACCAGAGAAAUCAUACAGGAAACAAACCAUAUGCAUGUAAGGAAUGUGGCAAAGCUUUUAAUGGAAAAUCAUAUCUCAGCGAGCAUGAGAAAAUUCAUACUGGAGAAAAACCUUUUGAAUGUAAUCAAUGUGGAAGGGCCUUCAGCCAGAAGCAGUACCUCAUUAAACAUCAGAACAUCCAUAGUGGAAAGAAACCCUUUAAAUGUAAUGAAUGUGGGAAAGCCUUUAGCCAGAAGGAAAACCUYAUUAUCCAUCAGAGAAUACAUACUGGAGAGAAACCUUAUGAAUGUAAAGGGUGUGGGAAAGCUUUCAUUCAGAAGUCAAGCCUCAUUAGACACCAGAGAAGUCAUACCGGAGAGAAACCAUACAGUUGUAAGGAAUGUGGAAAAGCCUUCAGUGGCAAAUCAAAUCUCACUGAGCACGAGAAAAUUCAUAUUGGAGAGAAACCGUAUAAAUGUAAUGAAUGUGGAACAAUCUUCAGGCAGAAGCAAUACCUCAUUAAACAUCACAAUAUUCAUACGGGAGAGAAACCCUAUGAAUGUAAUAAAUGUGGAAAAGCCUUUUCUCGAAUCACAUCACUUAUUGUACAUGUGAGAAUCCAUACAGGUGAUAAACCAUAUGAAUGUAAAAUAUGUGGGAAAGCCUUCUGUCAAAGCUCAUCUCUUACUGUACAUAUGAGAAGCCACACAGGUGAGAAACCCUAUGGUUGCAAUGAAUGUGGGAAAGCCUUUUCUCAGUUCUCAACUCUUGCUCUACACAUGCGAAUCCAUACUGGUGAAAAACCUUAUCAAUGUAGCGAAUGUGGGAAAGCUUUCAGCCAGAAGUCACAUCACAUUAGACACCAGAGAAUUCAUACUCAUUAAAACUCUAUGAAGGCCUUGGUUAUAGAAAAAACUCCAUCAGAAUUUAACUUAAUAAUAUCAAAAAACUCAUUUUACAUUAAAGUGACACAAAAUGUGGGAAAUCCUGCAGCAACUCAAAAUACAAAGAUGUUUAAUAAGAAGUAGCAGGGCAAAAAGCUUCCACAAUAAAUAUUAUUGUACUUUUAUGAGCAUUCUUGUUGAGUUAGAAUCCAGUUAUGGAGACCAACUAGCAUGUUUCUGGGAGUCCUAUGAGAUACAUUAAGACAACUAUAUGAGAGAAAAGGACUUGAAAUUGAGAGACAAUUAUUUUUUUGUUAUGUGCUUUGCUAUAUGUGUACUUUGUAAAACUAAUCAAAGUAUUUGGUGUUGAUGCAGUUGUAGAAAAUUGAGGUUGGGGCAGAGUACUGAAUCCAUUAAGCCUGAAUUUGUGGGUAAUUGGUGAUUCAUAAAGGUGGCAUCCCAAAUUUAGGGAUUAUUUUAAAAAUGAUCUCAGGGUAAUUGAUUUCUUCAUUUGGAAAAAUAAGCGACCUCUGUCAUUAUUCAUUAAAAUAUUUAUUUAUUAUGAAAUCCAAAACUAUUGAAUGCUGGAAUGCAAAAAGCAAAACAAUAAUAUAAAUUUUAUAUAAGAGUGUUUUUAAAACCUUAGGGUAGGAAAGAAUUUCUAAAUUAUAUUCCAGAAGACUCAACAAUUCUACUUUUAAAUAUAUAUACAUAUACCCAAAACACUAACACAUGUACACAGGGAGUAUAACGUGUCUGUUCAUUGCAGCAUGAAAAAUGGUAGCCAAAAAUUGGAAACAGAUGUCUGUUGCUUGUGAAAUAGAUAUAUAAAAUGUGAUAGUCAUAGAAUAGAAUACUCUCUAGCAGUCAAGUACAAAUUAAAUUUGUAUGUAUAUUAACAGUGAAAGAUAUGAAAAAUCAUACAGAAUGAAGAAAACCGAAGUGAUGAAUAUAUUGUAGAGAUACCCUUGUGAAUCUAAAUAAAAUCAACACUAACCAACCCCUGUACCUUAAGCGUUGGUUAUAGAUAAAUGCUUUUUUGUAAAACUUUUUUUUUUUCCUGUACAARGAAUUGA